CUGAAUUUGUGGACCAUCAUAAAUAGUAUUACUAAUUUGGAUUGAUUUGAGAGAGAAAGCUUUGGCUUGUUUUGAAAGGUAAGUUAUCCAAGGUUAGAGGCAGAAAGACAGUGGAAAAAAGAGUAGUCUUUGGAGUUCCUACUGAGUUGUCAAAUGAAGGUGAAAGUUGCUGAGGUUUUUAACCCUGUGACAAGAAAACUGAAUCACUUGCUUGUGAAGCAAAAUCUCUCGGCCAAUACAAAGGUUUUAAAGUGUAGCCUUAGAAUGUUUGGGGGUCCUGGCCUGCUUUUCGGGAUUUGAAACUUGCAAGCUCCUUUGGUAGCCUUCAUAUAUUCCAGCAAUCAUGCCUAGCCACUUGUUGUGACUUGUGAGUGAUUCAAAUUCUACUCUCUCACAACAUCAACAACAAACGUUACUAUCAACAACAAGCAUCAUAACAUCCAUCAUUUGCACUUCUGAAGAAAGAAAAAUGAUGGCAAGAUUAUUCUGUUUCCUGCUAGCUCUGCAAAUUGUGAGUUUGGUUUCUGCAGUAAGGAAGCCGUUUCUUCCAGGUCAAGAAGAGGCUCUACAGUCUCCAAAGGGUUUAACGGGCACAUCAAAGACAAUGAAGGAUGCAUAUGAUCGAGGAGUGAGCAAAGUAGGGUCAAGUCCACCAAGUUGUGAGAACAAGUGCUAUGGUUGUGUUCCAUGUGAAGCCAUCCAAGUUCCCAGCACAAGCAUCAGGCACAACCAUUUGGGCAUACAGUACGCAAAUUAUGAGCCUGAGAGCUGGAAAUGCAAGUGUGGUCCCUCCUUCUAUAGCCCAUGAGCAUCGUUCCUAUUCAUCAAAUAUUGUUCAUAUGUAUCUCCCUCUCAAGUUCAUAUAUGAUAUCCCUUUUUAGUUUGUAGAAACAGUCCUAAUAAUUUGGCAAAUCAUCGUUAUCUUUACAUUCAGUACCAAGCAGAAAAAUCUCUUAGGCCAAUGUCAAAACAUUUAAAUACAAACC